UGCUGUUACAUUGUAGUUACCAGAGAAUAUCAAAGUCGGUAUGCCAGGAGAUAACUUCACUUGCAAAUUGAAUCUCUCCUAUAACUUACCACUCUACCAAGGUCAAAGAUUUGCACUCAGAGAAGGAGGAAAGACUGUAGCUGCAGGUGUUAUUUCUAAAAUCUUGCCUGAUGAAGUUGCACCAACUUCGAAGAAAUAAAUCUUGGACAAGCAAGAAGCAGCUGAAAAAAAACAAAAGGAAGCUGAUGAUUCCAAAGCAGCAGCUGCAGCAAAAACAGCAGCCGCAGCAGCCAAACCAGCAGGAGGAGCAAAACCAGCAGGAGGAGCAAAGCCAGCAGCAAAAGCACCACCUAAGAAAUGAGAAUAUAUAUAUAAUAAUAGUAUAUAUAUAUAUAAUAAGAACAUAUAUAA